AUGGACGAAGAAGUUGAGCGUCCCGUGUGCAGAACUUUGUUUCGACAAGCUUCUCACGAAACACGUUUGGAUCCUACCGUCCCUUCAGAUUCAGAUGAUUCUGAAAAUGAAGAUGAUUUGUACUCAAAGCCUCGAGUUGUUGAUGUUCUUGUUAAAGAAGGAAGUGUAGUGAAAACGCCAGACCAAUCCACCAUCGCGGAAUCGAAGGUCGUUAGAAAAGAACAUGCCACAUCACCAACCGAAAACAAAAAUGAAUCGAACGAUUCUGAAAGUGUCACAGAAAAGUCGGACAAAACUAGUGAUCUUAGAGCCAACCAGAGAUGUAUUCAAGAGAAAGACAAACCAACUACAAAUCAUGAAUAUGAAGUAAUAAAAGAAGCUAACGUUUCAGUGAUUGGGCAAGACAAAGAGCGACCAACAACACACAAUGCUGAAACUGAAAUAUACAAGCAAGAAGAUACAAUGCAUGAUCAUCAAAUGGAAUCUAUCGGCACUUUGAAAGGUCUCGCGGUAGUGAGAAGGAAAACAGUCAUGGCGUCGCCACGGCCAAAAUCACCUCGUCCUGCCGUUACUGCUCGGAAGGAUGAGAAAGAAGAAUCAUUCUGGGAAAAAAUUGGCACACUAGGGAGGAAGAAACGAAUUAAGGAGGUGCAAGAGGUCCAGGAGGAAGGGAAAUAUGCUAUUGAUUCACCAGGCAGUCCAACCGCACCAGAUUUACCCCCAGAAGAAUAUACACUUGAGGAGAAUGAAGAGAGAUCCAUGAUUGAGCCACGGUCUUUCGAAGAACCAAAAUUAAAGGAGCUGAUAGCGGUUCUUAUCGAAUGGAUCAAUGAUGAACUGGCAGACCAGAGGAUUAUAGUUAAGGAUAUUGAGGAGGAUCUGUAUGAUGGCCAAGUACUGCAGAAAUUGUUAGAGAAGUUGACAGGAGAGAAACUGGAUGUUCCCGAAGUCACACAAUCUGAAGAGGGGCAGAAACAGAAACUGGGAAUAGUUCUUGCGGCAACAAACAGAGUCCUAAGUCUGCCGCGUUGGUCUCAGCAGAAGUGGAGUGUGGAGAGUGUACACUCAAAGAAUAUUGUGGCCAUCUUGCACUUACUCGUGGCACUAGCACGUCACUUCCGCGCUCCGGUUCGUCUGCCCGAAAAUGUAGCAGUGGGAGUUGUAGUUGUCCAGAAAAAGGAUGGUUCUCUCAGCCAUCGAACCGUAUUGGAAGAAAUUACAUCAACGUAUGAUGAUCUUGGGAUGCGUUGUGAGAGAGAUGCCUUUGAUACAUUAUUUGAUCAUGCACCAGACAAAUUACAAGUUGUGAAGAAGUCGCUGGUGACAUUUGUUAACAAGCAUCUGAACAAGGUGAAUCUCGAAGUUUUGGACUUAGAUACCCAAUUUCAUGAUGGGGUAUACCUGACUCUACUCAUGGGUCUGCUCGAAGGCUUUUUUGUACCAUUAUACAGUUUUCAUCUUACACCCCAAGAUUUUGACCAGAAAGUUCACAAUGUGAAUUUUGCUUUUGAGUUGAUGCAGGAUAUAGGACUCGCAAAACCCAAGGCUCGACCUGAAGAUAUUGUGAACUUAGAUUUGAAAUCGACAUUGCGAGUUCUUUACAACCUGUUCACCAAAUACAAGAAUAUGAGCUAAGUGGAUAAUGAAGAAACAUACUUGAAGAUCUGAAUUUAUAUUUUUGAGCUUGGAUAUGAUGCAGUAGCUCUUUAUUUUUCAGUUGCAGGGUUUGUAUUAAUUUGUAUUUAGUAAUGUGUUCAACAUGUGCCUUCCAAGACAGUCAAUAUUUAUUUUUAUAUACACUAAUAAAUGUUGUAUGCGCCUAAUUCGAGUCUUUGCCUCGGUUAUCUAAAUCCUGUUCAGAGUUGGACUUCUGAGGGGGUGGGGGGGUCUAUGUGGAUAAUACCAUAAAUUAAGUCAUAUGACCUCUUCUUUCCAAGUCAUUAAUUAAUUAUCCCCUCAUUUUAUGCUAUAAUCUCAGCUACAGACAGUGUCGUUAAAUAAAAGAGCCACCUUCUGCAUGAGUGAUGUAUGCUUCGGUAUCAUUUUUCUUUAAAUCUAAUGAAGGCACGCCAUCAAAACAAUUUAAUUACUAGACUUGUCAUCUUGUACCUGUUCUGUAUAGAAUGACCUUGUUCGCGUAGCAAAACGUAGUUGUCGAUUGAAGCAGCCAUCUUAUGAACUCUCUUAAUUCAUCUUUAAUGAUUGCCCUUGCAUUUAAUACUACAUAACCUAUACAGUUGACAGUCAUUAAAUGCACUAAGAAACAAGAAACUGGGAGAAUGUUCAUUUAAUAAUGAAUAGGUGACCUUUAGGCGGAGGUUGAUACAAAUUCUGAUAGCUCAACUCUUCUAUUUGAGGAUAUCAUUGUAUUGUACAACCAUGUUGUGGAGAAACCGAUAAAUUUGGAAACGUAAAAAUGUCGUGCAACGUGGCUGGUAGUGGUAAGAGAUGGCCAUGCAUACAUCGAACAUUAUGUUAUGAUUUCAAUUUAUAUGGAUUAAUUCUUACAGACUUUAUGUGCUUUGGAAUCAGAAAGAAAUAUUAUGAGGAUUGUUCUUAAGAUGUUCUUUUGUACAUACUGAUAUUUGACAAUCGAGAAUUUGGAAAUGGUUCAUUUUUUCAGAACGUGACUCUCAUAUGCUGAAUUUUCCAUAGUAACAGAAGUUGCAGUUCACACGUAUUAAUGUAUUAUAUUUGCUUAUGUGUAUGUUCUUUAAUCAUAUCUCACAUGGAACAAAGUGUUUUUAACCCUUUGAGUCUUCGUCUAUACGUAUAUUAUAUUUAACUUACAUUCAAGUAAUAUGCUUCUACAUUUACGUUUGCACAGUUUUAGGAUAUCAAUUAUUAGGUAAGUGUCUAAUUUUUAUAUUGUACCGUUUGGGUUUUUGUUUCUCCCCCCAGUUACGAAAUACGCUUGUAAAGUCAGCUAUCCAUAUCAGUGCAACUGUUGUUAACUAUGGUACUGUAGACUAAACUUAUUGGAAUUAAAAAUUAUGAAAGUGUAAAUCACUAACAUCUAAUAACUGAUAAUCUAGCAGAAAAUAAACUACAAAACACAGGGCUAAAAUUUAUGACCGUGUAACUUACGACUCUCAUUUUACCUGAAUACUGUUACAUUUGAGGUCUUAUUAAAAUGUUCUGGGAUUGAACUCUGAGGACUGAUUGCAACAUCAUGUCUCAAAAUGUUGCCACCUCUAAAAGGAGACAACUGCUCAGAUGUUUUUGAAUAGAUGAAUGUUUGAUCUCCUAAUGCAAUGUUUACAAAUUAAUAUUGUCAGUAAUCACAUAUGCAUGAUAAAAAUUCUGUCAGGACAGAUAAAAUGGCAGCUGCCCUCUGAACGAAUGAAGUUACCAGUAGUUCCUGGCUGCAAUAUUUAACAUCUCUAUCACAGAUCCAGUCCCAGAACUUUUUGAUCAGACAUUUUAUGUUAACUGCAGAAUAAAUAAAAAUUGAUAUACUUUAA